AUGAUCUCGACCGGGUUUUGGUUGCCUCUCAAGUUCUCUACCGGUAUCGCUGGCGGUGCGCUGCCCCCUGCUGAGGAAAUGGCUCCCCCGCCCGAGAUGGAGAAGGAGUGGCAGCGUAAGCGCACCCCUAACAUCUCUCCUCCCCGCUGGCGAGUCGAGGAUGUUGUCCGACGUGGAGUUCAAGAUGUCAAGUCACCCUUGUAUUAG